GGAACAUGACAGACCAAUAUGGAAGAGGCCUUAGAGCACCAGUCAUCGAAAUUCUUGAUAUUGGGAGAUAUACCAUCAAGUUCUUACUUAAGGAAUGCCAUAUCUCUAUUGCAAACGCUUUGAGAAGGAUAAUGAUUGCAGAUGUGCCAACCAUGGCAAUAGAUUUGGUCUAUAUCAACGAUAAUUCGAGUGUCCUUCAUGAUGAAUUCUUGUCACAUAGACUUGGGCUGAUCCCAUUCAAAAGUGAUACAGUUGACAGCUAUGAAUUCUUUAGAGAAUGUUCCUGUAAACCAUCUUGCCACAAAUGCAGUGUUGAAUUCAACUUGAGAGAAACUGCUCUUGAUGAUGUUAAAGAUAUUACCACUGACCACAUAAAUGCUAAUAACCCUGAUUGUUUGGUUAAGCCUGUUAAAUAUAUUAAUGCUGAUGGUAAUGAGGAAGACCCUAUUUUAAUCGUAAAACUUGCCAAGAAUCAAAAAGUUGAUAUCCAAUGUAUUGUAAGGAAAGGAACAGGAAAGGAGCAUGCUAAAUGGUCUCCUGUGGCAACUGUCCAAGUACAGCAGAUGCCUCAAAUCGAUAUAAGUCCUUCUCUCGAAGAAGAUCUUGAUACUGAAGAGAAGAUAGGCCUUGUGAAUUCUUGUCCUGCUUCUGUAUACAAGUUAAAUGCGGAGAAACAGACUGUUGAUAUCGAAACCAUUACUGAUUGCCAUCAGUGCCAAGAAUGAACAAUCUAUUUAGAAAAUCUUAAUAAGAAAAAUGAUUUGUUAAAGGUAGGCCAGCAUGAAGAUCAUUUCAUUUUCACUGUGGAAAGCACUGGAGCUCUUCCUCCAGAGGAGAUAGUUUCAAAAGCAUUCACUAUCUUGAUCGACAAAAUGAGCGAACUUUCUCAGUGCACAGAGGAAUCAGACGCAAAGGAUUAA